AUGGCGUCUUCCAUGCCGCACGUAAGCUCCGCUGACCAGGCUGGUAUGUCGUCGUCUUUGUUCUAUGGAUUACCCAGGACACGACGAAAGCGUUUCCUUGGAAGUGACAACUUUCUUCGCCAUAUUGACUGCAACCAGAGUGAUAUAUCCGUUGAGAGUAGCGAUGAUGAAUUGGAAGUGGCAACUGUUGAUAGAAACUCUGAUGAAGAAAGUAGUUCGACGGAGUCCGAGGAUGAGGUCACGGCACCCACAACGGGCUUGAAAGCGACAUACGCGAAGAAGCGCUAUACGUGGAAGAAGACAUCAUUUCAGCAGCAAGGAACAUGCUUCAAAAAUGACUUGCCUUUGCCUCCCUCCGAACCUCACACAGCAAAGCAGCUGUUUGACUUGUUUGUGUCAAGAACGAUGCUGACACGAGUCGUUGAAGCAGCUAACAAGUACUACCUGCAGAAAAAUGGAACGCCGCUAGCCAUGACUACUGAAGAACUAACUUCUGUGCUUGGAAUGUUUUUUUUGUAUGAGCCUCGUGGAUAUGCACAAUGUCGCCAAUACGACAGUACCUGCCAAGCAAGUCCAAAUGCAAGUGGGGUCUCAAGCUUUGGGCCCGGGCAGGUGACGCCGCUCACCGUCAAGGGCUGA